UUUUCACCUUAUACAAUUACUUACAUCACUAAUUAAUUGCUUACGUACUGUCCCCCUCCAACUCGUCAAGUUUCGCUGGAGCAGGAAAAAAUAAGUGGUGGGAGUUGCCUCGAACACAUUUCUGACUGAGAUUAUUGUUAAAUGGACUCAGGUUUGCACCAAGUGGCUGCCUUGUGUUAGUCACUCCAUCCACCCACUCUACGUCAGGAAGGGAAGCCAGUGUAUUUCCUCCUCUUCUUAUCUAAAGGAAGUGCGAAAAUAAACAUCAGCGGCGGAGCGCCAAGGCUGGACACCUUCUGCUCCAGCCACUGAGCUUCAGUCCGUUGGAGCAGUUGGAGGGGAUCCUGACCACACAUCAGCAUGAGGUCCAUCAGCAUUCUUGUUCUCCUGCUGCCGUUGUCCCUCCGUGCCAGCACAGAAUCAGUCACGGAGGCACAAACAUCUAGAAUGCAAACAAAUGGUUCCACUGAAUCUUCAGCAAAACCAACAUUAGCAGUAACAGCGGUAACAUCGGGGUACUCCAUGGUUUCCCACAAGGCCAGUACCCCCCACCCUGACAAUACAACUGAAGUAUCAACUGCAUCUCGGGGGACAGUUUCAGCCACACCGGUAUCUACAGACCUCCCCACUUCAAAACCUCCAUCAACCGUUACCCAGGCUAUCACUAACUCUACACACCAGCCUUUCCAACUUGACAGUGACACCACCAAAACAACCAAAACUCCUGUCCUGCGUAGCACCACGAUGAUGGAGCCAACCAAGACCAGUGUGCAAGAAAAUCAACACACCGAUGCGCUUAAAAUGAAAGCAGACAAUAGGCUGUGGUGGAUUGCACUCCCCGUGGCCCUGGUUGCUGUCGCUGCCGGCAUCAUCCACAAAUUCAGAAGCAAGAAAGUGCACGACCAUACAGAAACCAUUGAUACUGGAACUGAGAAUGCAUCUUUCCAGAGCAGGCCAGAAGGCUCCAAAGAUGGUGUCAUGCUCCUCGGCGUGAAGUCAUCAGGUGGAGAGGAAAAUGCUGCUGCGAGAUAAGAAAAGAAAAUGACGGACAGCAACGUCAGUAACGGCAGGUUUUGUGAGCUGAUUUGUGAAGUACGAAGGAGUGACUCAAAAGGCUAAUCCGCUCUUCCCAGCAUGGACUGCAAAGUUCUUUAAAUUAAAAGUGUCUCAAUACCUAUGGAAUAAAUUAAAUGGAUAUAAUGCUUUAUUAUCGAUACAACCUUUUUCCAUUGAACAGUACUGCUACAUAGCCAACCUCUGUCCACUGUAUGUGUUGGGCCACAAGCAUGUUUCCUAUAAAGUGCACUGACCACAGAUCCGUCAUAUAUUUGAUGUAAUAAAUCACUUAAUAGUUAUCCUUUGGUUGUGUUGUUUCCCAUCAUUUAUCUGCCUAACAAUAUGGCAGAUUUCGAUUAUCUUUUUACUUUUGGGUGUCAGUCAUUUUCUUGCUAAAGGCCUGUUUCAAUGAUUUUAUCUUGUGAAGAUUGUCCAGUGAUUUUCCAGAUUCAGAUAACAGUGAUUACUGUAAUCCCCUCUUGAACUGCUUUGUGCUUCAGGGUCGGAAACACCGUCAACCUCAAAUUCAAUAAACCAUUUUAAAACAUGUCCUGAAAUGGCGCCUCACUUAGUCAAAAUGAA